UUCAAUUUUUUAACGUAGAUAUGGCAACGACAACAUCGUCAGAUAUAGUGGUCGAUGCAAGAUGUGAGAUAGCAGGAAAAACGGGAACAAUUCGUUUUGUGGGCAUUACCGACUUUGCACCUGGUAAAUGGGUCGGUGUUGAGCUAGAUGAUCCAUCAGGAAAGAACAACGGUUCUGUUAAUAGCAAACAUUACUUUGAUUGUAAACCAAAUCAUGGAGUUUUUGUUAGACCUUCACAAGUAAAGAUACCACCUAGCUCCUCAAUUCCAUCUAAUUCAAUUCCUCAGCCUCGAAAUCCGUCAACACCAACAAGUUUUGCGCCACCGAAUUCAACUGAUGGUGCUCCUUUAAGACAGCGUCCUACUUCAAUGAUUUUUCCAUCGAAUAGAAAUAGUGUUUCUGGGAUACCCAAUAUUAAUAGGUUAUCAAGGGGACCAGGUCAAUUUGGACGCGGACCAAACAGUCCCACAUUUCAAAGAAGACCACGUGGAUAUUCUGAUGCCAGCAACCCAGAUCAAAAAAAGCUUGAUUUUGACUCAGUAUAUUUCAAUAACCAAGAUAUAAACGAGGAUUAUGGUGAUGAUGAAAAUAUUGAUGAAUAUGAACCUGGAACUUCAGCACCCAAAAGUGAUACGCCAAAAUAUUUAGAAACCCCAAGGCAUGAAACUGCUAAUGCUCCAGAUCCAUUUUCUUUACAGGAAGCACGAGAACAAGGGACUGUUUCUCAAAAAGAGUAUGACGAGCUUAGAAUGAAACUUAAAAUACUGGAGAAUAAACGUCAAGAAGAUAGGGAGAGAAUCCGUGAAACUGAUAAAAUGAGAGCUGACGCAGAACAAAUAUUGAGUAUCAAACCAAAACUUCAAGCAAAAAUGGCUGAAAUGCAACAAGAAUUAC